AUGGAUCGUUCUAACAAACCCUCCGCCAUUGGAGUGGGCGCAUCUCUCCCGCAGCCCACUCUGUCCAUCAAGGACAACAUCAUUGAAGCCUCAUUGCCCUCCGGUCAGUCGGUUACUGUGCAUCUGUACGGCGCUACCGUGACCUCAUGGAAGACAAACGGCAAGGAGCAGCUGUUCGUGAGUGAGAAGGCCCAUUUGGAUGGUUCCAAGCCAAUCCGUGGUGGUAUUCCGCUCGUGUUCCCGGUUUUCGGUCCUCCUCCCCAAAAUCACGCCACCUCUUCCCUACCUCAACAUGGCUUCGCACGCAACUCUAACUGGGAGUUUUUGGGCAAGUCGUCCUCGGAAGCACCUGGAAGAGAUGCUGACCAGACCGAUCUCACUGUGAAGCUCGAUUUCGGACUGUCGCACUCCAUGUUGACCGAUGAGUUCCGCGAGGCAUGGCCCUAUGAGUUCGGUCUGGUUUACAGUGUUACCCUUACAAAGGAUACUUUGGAGACAGCAUUGCAGGUCCGCAACGAAGGCAAACAGAACUUUGAUUUCCAGACUCUGAUGCACACAUACCUCAACAUUGCGGACAUCUCCGAUAUCCGCAUUAAGAACCUCGAAUCCAAGACCUACGUCGACAAGACUCUCAACGCCACCUCUCACACUGAAUCCUCUCCCGCUCUCGCCAUCACUCAAGAAACCGAUCGUGUUUACCAGAAUCUCGACCCGGCCGUUCCCAUUGUCGUCGCCUCAGCUAAGGAUGACCAGCCUCUGUUCUCGGUGACUCGGGAGGCCUUGAACGACGUCGUGGUCUGGAACCCUUGGAUUGAAAAGGCUAAGGGUAUGGCCGACUUUGGACCAGAUGAGGCUUACAAGAACAUGAUCUGUGUUGAGGCCGGCUCUGUGACUGGCUGGCAGACUCUUGAGGCUGGAGAAGCCUGGGAGGGUGCUCAGAGCAUCAAGUCUCGCCUGUAA